CACCAGGUUGCCAAGCAACCGUCGUGGACGACAUGAAUGUAUGUUGUGUGUUUUUAGAGUAGGAAAAAUGAAGGAACAUUUAGGUUUGCCGUAGGUGUCAGACUGGAGGAUUAGGAAGCCGAAAAAGAAAAAACAGCAAUAAAUUUAAUAAGUUCUGUUUUUAAUAGGACUGACGUAAAAUGGAAAAUAUAUUUUCCAAAGUGGAAGCCAGCAGCGAAAAUGUACUUGAAGUGGAUUCUGUGAGCCCAUUGGAGUGCCACAUAAAAUCAGAGGGGUUAGAAAACCAGGAAUCCCAAGAACGGCAACUUAUAACUCCAGAAGAGUCUGUAGUGAAGAAGGAAAGUGAUACUGAGCAAAGAUCAGACUCUGAUGAUAAUGAUGAUGUUCAUUUAAAUCAGGCAGCAAGUGCUCUAGAAGAUAUGCUUACAAAUGCAGAAGAAUUCCCCAAUUCGUCAGAAACUGUUCCUGCCACCAAAGGAAGCAUUACUCAGCCACUGCAGGGUACAUCAUUUGAAUCAGAUAUAACAGUACCUAAAGCUGCACUAAGUGAUAAUAGAAAGGAAAAGAAAAGAGAAUCCAGAAGCAGAAAAGAAUUGGAAGAGGAAGAAAGAGAAAAAAUGCAGGUACUGGUAUCAAAUUUCACAGAGGAGCAGUUGGAUAGAUAUGAAAUGUACAGGAGAUCCGCCUUUCCGAAAGCUUCAAUAAAAAGGUUGAUGCAGACUAUCACUGGCUGUUCUGUGUCACAGAAUGUUGUCAUUGCAAUGUCUGGCAUUGCUAAGGUCUUUGUUGGAGAGAUUGUGGAAGAAGCUUUGGACGUGAUGGAAAGACAAGGAGAGGUUGGACCUGUACAGCCUAAACAUUUAAGAGAAGCUGUAAGAAGACUUCGUCUUCGUAAUGGAAUUCCAAAUGGACAUCCCCGCAGACUGUGGUUUCGGAUUUGAUUACAUGAUAAGGAUUUACUGUGUUAAUUUAAUUUGAUGUGAUAUGUGGUGUAAGGGAAUUAUUGGUACAUAUACAGAUGUCCUCUUUCA